AUGGCUGGAAAUAAUUCUACUGAGCAACAUUCUAAAAAACAGAAUCAAACUUGCUGUCAUCCAAUCAGUAUAGUAACUGAUGAAUUUACAAAUUAUUUAGAAAAAACUGGAGUUAUUGCUAAAGUAACUGCUGUGUUAAAGUUGUUGUACGAAAUGAAUGAAAAACCGGUUGACCCUCUCGAAUUUAUACGUAUGAAUAUGACUGAAGUUGUCCCAGAAAAGGUAGAGUUAACAAAGUUAGAAGAAGAGUAUGAUGACGUGAUGCAACAGAUUGCCAUACUUCAACAAGAGAACAUGAGCAUGAUGAACAAAUUAAAGGAAUUAGAAAGAAAUGAAACGAAUUCCGAAGAAAAUAGUGUAAUUAUUGAUUUAAGUAAUGAUAUGAAUAGUCACGAAAAUGCUUAA